AUGUCUGAUAAGAAAAAUUUGAAAAGUAUGCAAAGAAUUGAUCCUUGUGCUGUUAAGAUACUGGAUAAGGCUGCUCAUAGUGCAUUGUAUAAGUUUCAAACUGACAAUAGAUCAUGGGAGAAAACAGAUGUAUGCGGUACUAUGUUCAUUUAUCAAAGAGCAGAUAAACCAUAUUAUAGUUUGAUGAUCGUUAAUAGACAAUCGCUUAGUGAUUUUAUAGAACCAAUUCAUGACAAUACUUGUAUAAGUAGAGACAAGAAAUUUAUUUUCAUGAGAAAAUCGGACGGUGAAAUAAAUUGCGUCUGGGUUUAUGAUGAAACAGAAUGUUUACGUAUUUUCAAGUUGUUAGAACGGUUAACGGAUGAUCUCAAGAAAGGAAAUAUUCCCUCAACAAACUGCGAAGACGAUAAGAUAUUCAGCGAUACUCCUGUCCCACCUCCUACAGUGCCAGAUAGCAAUAACUUACUGAAAAUGCUGAAAGCAGCUCAAAGUUCAAGUCCAAAUUUGUUCAAGCAAACUAGUCAGAGUUGCUCCGAAUCAUUGGAGAAGGAAUGUUCACCAACACAAAAUUUACCAGUUCUCUUACAAAAACUUCUGAUACAAGAACAGCCAAAAACAAUCAUCAAGACACCUGCUACUAUUAUGACCGCUGAUGAACUAGAAAAAGAUUUGUGUAAAGAUCUCAAUAAUACAGCUAAGCCGAAACAUUCAAAUUAUCAAGAUUUUCUCAAUUCGUCUUCUGCUGUUUCUCUUGUUGCCAUGUCUACACGUUCAGUACACGGAAGUGAGGCUGACCAAGACGGCGUUGAGGUAGAGUCUGUUGUGAGUGGAAAAGUUGCAUUGGACGACCCGAACUUCGCUGUUGGUUCCGGAAGCAACACUCCUCUUCUUGAUAAGUCACAGUUCAUAACAGCUUUCUGUUACUUGAUGCAAAACGAUGAUGAGUUUGUGGCUCAAAUUCAUCAAGCUUACACUGAUGCGAUAAACCGUCGACUUAGAUUGGGAGGACGUUAA